AUGGGCGACGCCGCUCCGGGAGGCGGGACCGUGUUACCUUGGCGGCGCGCCUGCCGGAAGCCCGCGUCGGCGGCCACGCGCAGGAUGGCAAAACGGAAGAGAAAAAUUACCGAAAUGACAGAGAAAAAGAACAAAAAACUGAAGAAGGCGUCAGCGAAGGAGAUGCCACCCGCGGCCACACCGGGCACCGGGGAAGCGCACGCCGAGGGAGGAGCCGCCUGGGGCGCCAGGCAGGACACGGCCCUCGAGCUGCCCGAGCUGACCCCAGAGGAGAAGAGGGUCUUGGAGAGGAAGCUGAAAAAGGAGCGGAGGAAAGAGGAGAGGAAGCAGCUUCGGAAGGACGCAGCCCCGAGCGUCCCGGCCAAGCCCUCCGGGGCCCAGCUGGCCCUGGACUACCUCCGUGGCUGGGCCCAGAAGCACGAGGAGUGGAAGUUCCAGAAGACGAGGCAGACCUGGCUGCUACUGCACAUGUAUGACAACGACCAGGUUCCCGACGAGCUCUUCUCCACCCUGCUGGCCUACCUGGAGGGGCUGAGGGGCCGGGCCCGAGAGCUGACGGUGCAGAAGGCCGAGGCCCUGAUGCAGAAGUCAGACGAGGCCAGGGGCGCGGACACCCUCCCGCUGGGGACCAUCCAGCGCGUCCGGCAGGUGCUACAGCUGCUGUCCUAGGGCUGCCGGCGGGCCGGGUCACUGCCACGGCCCCAGGCGGUCCCGGGCCUCUCGGUGAGGGCGACAGUGUCCUCCCGGCAGUGGGGCCCCAGCGAGGGGCAAGCGGGGUCGCAACAGGGCAGCGGCCGGUGGGCCCGGGGACUUCCGGGGGCCGGGCCCCUGGCCCUCGGGAGGACUGACUCCACGAUGACAGGUUUUCACGCCUUCGCAACCGAACGGGAGCACUUGGGGGGCAACCUAGAGACACUGGCCUGGCCUCUGCGUGGCCUCAGAGCCCACAGGGAAGCCGAGGGAAAGGCCUGUUUUCUACUGGAAUGACUCAGAAAUCCACCAGAGCCAGCCCUUCCCGCCAGCAGUGGUCCGUCCCUGUUGGGGGCUGAGGGCGGUCCCUCCGGUGGCGGCCAGGGCUGCCUGGUCACCUGCCUGCGUUCACCGACCUUUUCCACUCCUGUUUGCAGUAAAACCAUCCUGUGUCGGCCGUG